GUGGUCUUGUUUUUCAUUUUAAUUUCAAUUCUUAGCAUUGUUUAAUGAUUUUUUCCUUUUUUUUUAUAUAAUUUAAACCCUUUGCCGAUGGAAUAGGACGAUGGCACGAUUUUUGUCCAAUGUGAUUGUUUUCAUUGUUUUGUCCAUAAAUCUGUUAAAUGUUUUUGUUUAUGCGGCCAUCGUUUCGGACCAAAAUGUAUUAAAUGGUGGCGGUACAAGUAACGAAAUCUUGCUCGAAGUAAUCGAAGGAACAAACAACUAUCGAGUUCAUGGUAAAAAAGGAAAGGAUGACAAAACUUGGUUCGAUGGAAGAGAAAUGCGUCACAUUUAUUGUGCUCGAAAAGCUCGUUGCGAACGUCUUCAACACAAAACAUGUUUUGGUUCACCACUGCCUUACAACUUUACAAGCAUCUCGUUAACGGAGUCUUUUAGUCAAGAUGACACCUUGGAAAUUCUUUACAGUUAUCAAGCGUUGAAGCAUGUCCCGAAAUGCUGGGCUGUAAUUCAACCAUUUUUGUGUGCAGUUUUUCUGCCAAAAUGUGAAGAAGUUAAUGGCGACACUUAUGUCUAUCUUCCUUCGUUGGAAAUGUGUCGCAAGACGCAGGAGCCUUGUCGAAUUCUUUACAACACAAGUUACUUUCCGGAGUUCUUGAAGUGCAAAGAAGACCUUUUCCCGAGCAAAUGCAACAAUGACGUGAGAGAAAUGAAGUUCAACGCAACAGGGCAAUGUUUGAGUCCCAUGGUAGCAGCUGAUAAUCCUUCAAGUUAUUACAAAGACAUUGAAGGAUGUGGCAUUCAAUGCCAAAAUCCCUUGUACACGGAUGACGAACAUCGACAGAUUCAUAAACUUGUGGCAUGGGGAAGUUGCGUUUGUUUGCUCUUCAACAUUUUCACAAUUGCUACAUUUAUGAUCGACUGGAAUAAUGCCAACAAGUAUCCAGCAUUAGUAAUUUUCUACAUCAACUUGUGCUAUAUGAUCGUUUGCUUAGGAUGGCUUGCUCAAUUUGUUUCUGGUAAUCGAGAAGAUAUCGUUUGUCGUCGUGACGGAACUUUACGACAAUCUGAGCCACAAGGAGGUGAAAAUUUAUCAUGCAUCUUUGUCUUCAUAUGCGUUUAUUACUUCCUUAUUGCUGCCAUGGUUUGGUUUGUAAUAUUCACGUAUGCUUGGCACAUGAGCUUCAAAGCUAUUGGCAAAAUCCAAGAACGGAUUGAUCGAAAGUCGUCAUACUUUCAUCUCAUCGCAUGGUCAUUGCCACUGAUAUUAACGAUUGCCAUAAUGGGAAUGUCCGAAGUUGAUGGCGAUAGUAUCACGGGAGUUUGUUUCGUGGGACACAUUAAUCAUCCAAUGCGAGCAAUGUUCCUGCUUGGACCAGUUUGUGCUGUAUUGAUCGUUGGAGGAUUUUUAGUGCUUCGUGGCUUGAUAACUUUAAUUCAGUUGAAAAUUUCAAGCAAAGAAAUUAUUUCAAGUCGUGCCAAUAAGAAGAUUCGUCAAAGCAUCGUUCGAAUGGGCCUUUGCAGUGUCUUCAUUCUCGUUUUUAAACUUGCAACACUCUUUUGUCACAUUAACGAAUUCCGUAACUCACCAAUGUGGGCAGAAAGUUUGAAAGAAUACCUCAUUUGUAGGAUUCAAUCAACAUAUACUGAUGUUCAUACAACUUGCAAGAUGAACGGAAGACCAAGUGUUGCGAUUUUACAAUUGCAUCUCUUGUGUUUGUUCGCAUCAGGAAUUGUAAUGUCAUCAUGGAUUUGGACACACUCAACUUUCGAGACAUGGAGUCGGUUUUUUCGUCGCAAGAUGGGACGAGAAAUUGAGGAGCCCGUCAAAUUGCAACGACACAAAGUAAUUGCUCAAGCUUUUGCUAAAAGGAAGGAAUUUCAAAAUCAAGGAAGGUUAUCCUUAACCUUUCAUGAUACUCACACAGAUCCCGUUGGACUGAAUUUUGAUGUUGACUCUACCAAAGGAAGUCAUGAUUUUAGUUCGACUUGGGCGAAUAAUCUUCCGAGAUUUGUAAAUCGCCGAGGAGCUCUGACAUGUGCUGCAACAUCUUCAAGCCAGAAUGGCGGAACACGAAGAAAUUCAGUUGAAUCGGAAAUCAGUUUCAGUGUGAGACAUGUAUCUGUCGAAUCGAGAAGGAACUCGAUUGAUUCCCAAGUUUCAGUUAAAAUUGCCGAAAUGAAGACGAAAGUUGCGAGUCGCAGUGCUCGCGGAAGUAAAGGUACAAAAGGGCGUCAUCGACGAAGGGAUUUCACAGCUACCAGCUCUCGUCGUUACAGCCGAAAAGAAAGCACGACAUCAAUGGAGUCUCAAAGUAUAAUAACAGCAGCUAUCAAAAAAGGCGGGAAAUCAUCUGGAGUGUUUGAACAACAAAGUCUCAAACGAAGAACAGGCAUUGGAGGCAUCGAUCCUGAUCAGUUCAGCAGUUUAUUGGCUAACAACAAACUACUUAUCCCAUUUUUUGCUAAUCAAAACUUGACAACGUCUGAAGACGACAACGCCUCAAUGGAUAUGAUGCUCCAUCAACUACGAAAUGGCAACAUAAAUGCCAGCGAUGACUCAAGUAACGAACAAAAAGCAAUUGCUCAUGACUACAAUACCACAGACGAUGAGAAAAUUCGUCAAUCUCCCGGCUUAGCAAUGACUAAUGACGUUACAAGUAGUCGCGAUGCAGGUCGCAGCAGCAAAAACAGCAGUAUUAAAGCUGGUCGAAUCAAGAAACAAAAUCGCCAUAGCCAAAUUUCACGUCGCACGCGCAAAAACUCGCGUUCUACCAACAAAUCUCACAACAGCAAACACGACAAAGACAAACGCGAGAAAGAAAAGGAUUUAGCACUUCAAGUUGGCGAAUCAAACGACUCUUUUACAACUUACAAUUCCGAAAAUUAUGGAAUCGAUAUUCAAAGUUCCUAUUCGGGCAUUUCGAAAGCCAAUUCACGCAAUAGCAAACGCAGCUGCGACGUUGGUAUUCAAGCAAAUGCUCACGAAAUCGCGACACAAACCAUGUCCUCGUACGAGUUUAACGAGAAAAAGAUGAAAAAUGACGAAAAUCACGACAUUUAUGCCACGGAAAAUCAUUCGUUGCUGCCCAAGAGACACGAUGGCAAAGGCAUUGCCAUCCGCAAACGAGAAGGUGACACUUCAAUGAGCGAAACGGAAAAACUUAAACUUUUAUUAUUACCUUCCAAAUAGAUAAAAUCGUGCAAAUACUCAAAAUUCAAACCUUUUGAUAGAAAAUUUUUUUUAAAUAAGUGAAACGAAAACUUAAAUCACCAUCGAAAAAUUAGUUUUAAGAUAAACGUAAGGAACCGACUGUGUGAAAUUUUAAAAAUACUGCAUUUUACAAAACAUUUAACUAACCAUAAGUUAUAAUAAUUUAAGUCAAAACCGUGCCUUAAGAGACCAACAAAAAAAAUAUAUUUUUAAAAUAUAUCAAGACUGAAUCUCCUUUGUAACAGUCUUCCCUUUAAAAAAAAAAAUGAGAAAUUUUCAGAUUUUUCAGA